UGGGCAUUGGCGACAAGCGCCAACGGACUCGGUAAUGUCAACAGCAUCCAUCAGUUCGGUUGGGCAAUAGUGGCAUGUUCCUUGGGAUUCUAUUGGAGAAGUUCCUGCGAGACUUGUAUAGUUAUGCCAGGACUCGCAUCUCUUUCUCCCUCUCUCUCAGACUUUUGGUGGAUUUGGAUAGCAAUACUUUCUGCUUGAAUCGAGCUUCUAUCCUCCCCCUACGCUGAGCAAGAGCAUCCACGGCCAUAUCAACUCCCAAAGCCUUGUGGUCAACCACCUGAUAAAAUCUUCUUUGGCCAGCAGUCGUGGGGAGCGUUUCGGAACCUCGGCAGUUGGGACUAGACUCAGACAAGAUUCGGGAACCUUGGACGGACGGGAACCUUCCAAGAUUGGGUUCAAGUUGGCACCCGGCCAGCUGACUAAUAAGACUAGUGCCUUCCCGAGACGAUAUCUGAUUGGACAAUAGGUUUCACUUGCGCCCAGAGCCUUUGCGGCGGCUUGGCAGGGUCGACUAAACAUCCACCACCACCACCACCAACCACCACCACAGGCUCGGGUUUGUCGUUGCCACCACACAUACCAACCAGGGAAGCCAUCAAACUUGUUUAUUCGUCUGUGGUGGUCGUGAUUUGUAUCCCUAAGGAAUCAGAGAGGCCAAAAAUAUUGGCGUCUUGCUGCUUGUUCCACGACUGAAGCGGCCUGGCUCUUGUGAUCUGAUUUGAUGGACGGAACCAAGGUUGGGUCGUACCUGGAAGUAUGUGAAGCGCUCAUGAAGUUUAAAUUUUACUAUCAUAGUACGGGGUCGGCGGCGUCGCGAAAGUCUGGAGCAACGAGGCACUUAUUAGAUCCAUUACUCGUUUCCCCAUUUUCCCUCGCUUCCCCUCCAUUUGCCAGUUGGUUCACACGGGGAACUUUGACUCUUUCAAAGUUUUUCUUUCGUUCUUUCUUUCUUUCUUUUUUUUUUUUUCUCCUUUCAUUUUUUCCCUUUCGGCUUUUGUUCACUUUCAGCGCUUGCUAUCCGUUCGUUUUCUAAACAUUAUCCAUUCGUUUGAUAUCCUAUUUAUUUUACAUCCAUUGCGCUUUAUCCAUAAGCUACCACAUUCCUUUCAUAUUCCUCAAUAAAGUCCUUCCACUCUUUUGGGAACCGUUGCCGCGAAUGAUUACAGGUUCAACAUUUCGACAGAAAGCCAAUUUCUUUUAUUUGUCUCAGACGCUCCCUCGCGCCUAAUUUUCUCACGACUCUUUUGCGGCUCGUAUCUGGAGAGUCAGAAUCGAUAUUCGCACUAACUAUUCGUGCCCCUCGUUACUUCAGGGGCCAAGCAAGGGAUCUUCAUUCUAGAGAAGAAGAGAAGAAAGAAAAUUUCGAGGAAAUUCCAUUCUUUCACUUCAUGAAGUAACUACCGCCAUCCCCUUAGAAUGCUCACUCUGAAUACGGGAUCAUAGACCAAUCCUAAUCCUCCAAAACCACGUUUAUUCCGUGGUCCUCCCCCCAGAACCUUUAAACCGGCCGUCGCGUGCUAUUAGAGAGCAACGAAUGGGUGUGGUAGACCUAUGCGCAUACAUACAUAACGUGGUACUUUCUAUUGGCUGUGCGCAGGUGAGCCAGGGUGAAAUCGUCUCUUUUUGCAUUAGAGAAAAUUGAAAUCUGUGAAAAUUAUGGAGGAAGCAAUGAUUUCACUAUUUCGAUAUCCAUGUCGGCUGUUUGGGCUUCUUAUUUUAUGCCAUCUUGCUGGACUUUCAUUAGCGGCGAACACGGACGACUGGAGACCUAGGUCGAUAUAUCAGGUUUUCACGGACAGAUUCGCGAGGACUGAUGGCUCUACAUCUGCAAAAUGCAACGCCAAGAAAGGCUUCUUCUGCGGGGGAACCUGGAGAGGUAUAAUCAACAAAUUGGACUAUAUUCAAGGCCUAGGGUUUGAUGCGAUCAUGAUAUCACCAGUCUCAAAGAAUAUCAAAGGCGAAGUUAGUUAUGGUGAAGCCUAUCACGGCUAUUGGGUUUCAGAUCUAUAUCAGUUGAAUAGUCAUUUCGGGACACGCGAGGAUCUUCUGGAGCUGGGAAAGCAGCUGCAUGCUCGCGGCAUGUACUUGAUGGUCGACAUUGUCAUCAAUAAUAUGGCAGUGAUGACCAAUGGCAGCAACCCUGCUACGUCGGUUGAUUACUCAGUUUUCAAACCAUUCAACGACAAAAAGUAUUUUCACCCUUAUUGUAAGAUCGAAGAUUACAACGAUUACAAAGAGGCGCAAAAUUGUUGGAUGGGUGAUGAUCUUGUUGCGCUUGCGGAUCUUAACACGGAAUCCGAAGAGGUCACAAAGAUGAUGGAGACCUGGGUCAAGAACCUCGUUGCCGAGUAUUCAAUUGAUGGCCUCCGGAUAGAUGCUGCAAAACACACCGGCACAGCAUACCUUGAGAGGGUUGCCAAGGCGUCUGGCGUCUUCACCACAGGGGAGGUGUUCGAAGCCGAUGUGGCUAUCACUUGUGAUUAUCAGAAUUUUAUUCCCAGCGUGCCGAAUUACCCCGUGUACUUCGGAAUGAUUGAAGCCUUUACUGCUGGAAAUAUCACAGCGCUCAAAAGAACGCUUUCCGCUGCGAAGGAUAUCUGCAAUGACAUUACCGCCCUUGCAACCUUCUCGGAGAAUCAUGACCUUCCACGAUUUCCAUCUUAUACCAAGGAUCUCUCUCUCGCCAAAAACGUCUUAACGUUUACAAUCCUCUCAGACGGAAUCCCACUCUACUACCAGGGACAAGAACAACAUUUCUCCGGUGCCAGCACCCCCGAGAACCGCGAAGCCCUCUGGACAUCAAAGUACAACACCAAGUCCCCCCUCUACAAGCUAACAGCCUCCUUCAACAAGAUGCGCGCCCACGCCAUCCGCGUCAGCCCCGACUACGUCCUCCAAAAAUCAUACCCCAUCUACACCGACGGCAGCACCAUUGUUACCCGCAAGGGUGGCCAGGGCCACCAUGUCAUCGUCGUCUACUCCAACCAGGGCGAGAAGGGCGGCAACUACCGCCUCGACCUGCACAAUACCUACACGCCUGGAAUAGUCAUCACGGAAGUGCUGAGUUGUAAGAACUAUACGGUCGAUUAUCGGGGGACGGUUGGGCUUGAGAUGGGACAGGGGCUGCCGAGGGUUCUUUUCCCCGCUGAUCAGAUGCAUGGGAGCGGAUUGUGUGGGGCGGCGCACCACAAUGCUGAUGGCCAGGGUUCGCCGGACGGUACUAUGAGUUUGAAAUCCGGGGCGCCGGGGUUGGGAGGAACACGAGGGAUAUCGGUGGGCGUGUUUGGCGCUGCAUUGACGGCUGGAUUUGCUGGUUUGCUAUGAGAUCCAAGGGAUUCUCUC